GCCGCCCGAGAGGAUGGGGCUCUGGCUGGAGCUGGUCGCGCAGAAGCUGCUCCUGUGGGGCGCGGCGGGCGCCGUCUCCCUGGCGGGCGCCACCCUGCUCCUCGGCGCGCUGCAGAUGCUGGCGGGCUACGCGCGGAAGUGGCGGCAGAUGCAGCCCAUCCCUUCCGUGGCCCGCGCCUACCCGCUGGUGGGCCACGCGCUGCUGAUGAAGCCGAGCUCCGCAGAAUUUUUUCAACAGAUAAUUAAUUACACAGAAGAAUUCCGACACAUGCCGCUGCUGAAACUCUGGAUUGGGCCAGUGCCGAUGGUGGCCCUCUAUCACGCAGAAAAUGUGGAGGUAAUUUUAACUAGUUCGAAACAAAUUGACAAAUCCUUUGUGUACAAGUUCAUAAAGCCGUGGCUUGGUUUAGGACUACUUACAAGUACUGGAAUGAAAUGGCGCUCCAGGAGAAAAAUGUUAACACCUGCUUUCCAUUUCACAAUUCUGGAAGAUUUCUUAGCUAUCAUGAAUGAACAAGCAAAUAUCCUGGCUGAUAAGCUUGAAAAGCAUGUUAACCAAGAGGCAUUUAACUGCUUUUUUUAUAUCACUCUUUGUGCCUUGGAUAUAAUCUGUGAAACCGCUAUGGGGAAGAGUAUUGGUGCUCAAAGCAAUGAAGACUCCAAGUACGUCCGUGCAGUUUAUAGGAUGAGUGAUAAGAUUUUUCGAAGAAUGAAGAUGCCCUGGCUUUGGCUUGACCUAUGGUACCUUAUGUUUAAAGAAGGACGAGAACACAAGAGGGAUCUAGAGAUCCUACACACUUUUACCAAAAAUGUCAUUGCUGAACGGGUCAGUGAAAUAAAGGCGAAUGAAGAAAGUAACGGUGCUCACUCAGGCCCUGGCUCCUCCAGAAGGAAAGGCAAGGCUUUCCUUGACUUGCUUUUAAGUGUGACCGAUGAUGAAGGCAACAAGUUGAGUCAUGAAGAUAUUCGAGAAGAAGUUGACACCUUCAUGUUUGAGGGCCAUGAUACAACUGCAGCUGCAAUAAACUGGGCUUUAUACCUAUUGGGUUCUUAUCCAGAAGUCCAGAAAAAGGUGGACAGUGAACUGGAUGAAGUGUUCGGGAAAUCUGAUCACCCUGUGACCUUGGAAGACCUGAAGAAACUUAAAUAUCUAGACUGUGUCAUUAAGGAGACACUCCGCAUUUUUCCUCCUGUUCCUUUAUUUGCCCGGCGUCUCAAUGAAGAUUGUGAAGUAGCGGGUUACAAAGUUGUGAAGGACACUGAAGCCGUCAUCGUUCCCUAUGCAUUGCACAGAGAUCCAAGGUACUUCCCCAAUCCUGAGGAAUUCCAGCCAGAACGGUUCUUUCCAGAGAACGCACAAGGACGCCAUCCGUAUGCAUACGUGCCCUUCUCUGCUGGCCCUAGAAACUGUAUAGGUCAAAAGUUUGCUGUGAUGGAAGAAAAAACCAUUCUUUCCUGUAUACUGAGACGGUUUUGGGUAGAAUCCAACCAAAAAAGAGAAGAACUUGGCCUCUCAGGAGAGCUGAUUCUUCGAGCAAAUAAUGGCAUUUGGAUCAAGUUGAGGAGGAGGAUUGCAGAUGAAUCCCAGCUGUGUACUCCUGCGGUGCCUUUAUCAUGAUAAAGAUCUUUGGAGAAGAGAAACUUCAAAUUUGUGAUUUAUAGAUCAUGAGCUCAAUAUUCUGAAUCACCAGACCUAAUGUUUUGUUGCCCCACUGAUCUUGGGAUCCAUUGUGUAAAUCAGAGAGUUUUGUAUUUUUGUUACCACCAUAGAUGUUACAUUAAACCUGAUCUGGGCCUAGAAGGUACAGUUAGCUGAGUCUGUACCAAAAUAAACCUAUAACAAGUUUAAAAUAAGCCUAUAACAAUGGAGGGAUCUGCAAGUCAAUUCAAUGUCAUUUGACAGACUUAAAUAAUACAAUUUAACUGAAGCUUUAGAAUAUUUUAAAGUUAUUCUGGUUGAGUCAGGAAUAUAUACAAGAAGUGAUCAAAAUAUACAGUGAAUGUUUAGUUAAAACAUAUUACUGCUGUACACAUUGCCUUUAAUGUCCCCUCAAAAUACUCUCCCUAGCUUCAGACACUUAUCCCAUGGUUGCCCCUUUCUGAAGCAGUUCUCCUAGAUGUCUUCUUUCAUAUAUUUAUGAGCUGUGAUAAAAACAUGGUGAAUGCAGCUGCUAUCCAGUGGAAAAGCAGGCCCAGAACAAGAAUGUUCUUGUCCACCUUAUUUACCAGGUCUGGCACUGUGCAACUUCUGGAUCAGCCCCCAAGUCAAAAUAACCAUGGAAGUAAACAUUUUGAAUUGAUUUAGUAUAUUGAGGCACUCAAGAUGGUGCCACUAAAGAAUUUCCAGAGCUGCUUCAGAAAGUGGCAACAGUGAUGGAAUGAGUGUGUUUGAAGCAAUGGGAAGUACAUUUGAGGGGAAUCAUUGGCAGUGUGUCUUUUUCUGUAACAAACGUUUUGUACAAUUUAAAGUUUGAUAUAUUUUUUGAUCACAGCUCAUAUCACAUAACUUGAACCUGGUGAGUAGUUAGGCCCACUGCCUUAAGGGGUUUAUGUUUUUAAAAUUGUACCAGUGGCAUCAGUUAUGAGAAUAAUAAUUACUGUGCACUUUGCAGAUUUUAUUAUGUAUAGCAGAUCAUUUACAAGUUAAGUUCUGUUGCCUUCUGACUGCACUUCUUGUCGUCCUUUCUGUAGAGUCACACUUACCUUUCCAGGUCGUGUGUUGUUGAAGGAGAUUCCUCUCGGUACUCUCUGUUCUGUCAUAGUACCUCAGAGGGCUGAUUAUAUUCAGAGCUGGAAUGACCUCCAAACUCAUCUGCUUGUGUUCUCUUGUAUUAGAGUGAGGGAACAGAAUCAAUAAGAAGGUAACUUUCUACCAAAAGUUAUGCUGUUAGUUUGGAUUAGGCUGGAAAUAGAGGUCUGUAUUCUAAUGUCUCUGCUCCAAUUCUGAUAGACUUCCUACCACAAUAUACUAUUGCUCUAUGGAACUUGGGCCUAUGGCUAGAUAUAUUCUUAGAAUUCAGGAUUUCUGCCCUUGGCUUAGGCAUAUUUCUUUUGGAAUUUUCCCACCUUUAAGUAAACAAAGAAGCCACUCAUCCAUAUUUAAUAACCCAGUCCUAUCUCAGUUUAGUGCUGGAACUCCAGACAGUUCCAUCCCGUGGAACACACCUGAUCAAACAGAUCCCUGGUACACAUUCUCUGAAUUUUAAUUUGAUACCCAAAGUCUCUACUUCUCACUGAUUUUUUAAAAAAAGCUUUCAAUAAGUAAUUUUAAGAAAAUAAGUUGUUUUUUCCAAUUUUCCCAAGGCACUAUCAGGUAGAAGAAACAGAUUAAGAGGGUAAAAUAUGUAUCAUUCAAUGGAUAGCAAAAGAGCCAUCAGACAAGCAGUUCAGCCUGACGCACUGAGUGUCCCAUCAUCAGCAACACCACUAACUCUCCAAAAGCUCUUAUACAUACUAGACGAUACACUUGGAAAAGAUUCCCAUCAGAUGAUUAGCUUUCUGGAAAACACAUAUACACGGUAAAUCUCAUUCCUAGAUAAAUUUUGGAUAAUAAAAUCUUUAUUCGUGGAAAUUGUUAUAAUCUCAAUUUAUGCACUUACAUUUAACCCUGGCUUUUUCUAUUUUCAGUGAAUCUACAUUAGACAUUAAAUUAUAUUUACAGGAAACCAUUGCUUACUGUUAUUUUUGGCCUAAAUAUCCAUUUAACCCGAGAAUAAUCUGUUACUCAUAUUUUAAUUCAUUCAAACUGUGUCAGAGUUGGAACUGAGAACUUAUGUUAUACUCUGUAUUAUCAAAUACUUGUUUGUGUCCUAAUCACCUGCCUUACUUCUGCUUGAAAAAGCUAUCUCAAGAAAAAUAAAUUACAUUUUAGAUUUGGACACU